AUGGGAUUAUAUAGAGAGGUUCUAAUCCUCUCUUUUCUAGUCCAGUGGGCUACAGUAUUGUCCCAGGGUAUGAAGGAGAUGCCCGUCAACCAGUCAACAAUAGGAUUUCCAAGACUACCUGCAGACUUCAGGGAACUGGCCAAGAAACUGAUGAGCACAUGCUUCAUGAAAGGUCACCACGUGCCUGUAAUGAACAAUUCACUGAACAGCUCAUAUGGAAAGAUGAUGGAGAGCCCCAUCUCUAUUUUUCCAGAGCUUCUCUCCUCACUCGCUCAGUCUUUCCCCUCUCACUCCAACCUGCAGUUCAAUGAAACGGCAGAAGGGCAGGACUCAGCCUGGAACAUUGCUGAGAAGAUGCGGAACUGCACCAACAUGGGCCAUAUGAUUGAUCUCAUGAGGAAUAGUACAGAAGGCCCUCGUUGUUUCAUGCGGGCAUUCAUGGCUCCUCUUUCCUGGAUGACGAUCAUGCAGAAUGGAACAGACCUCAACAAAGAAGAUCUAACAAAGCUUUUAUGGGUGGCUAAACCCUUCUUAGAAACAAUGCCUCCAUCUAGCUUUGUGCUGCCGGUGUUUUCACAAAGCUCUCAACUGGCUAAAAUGAUGAAGGUGUUUGGUGAGGUGUUCAGCGUUCUGUCUGAGGAACAGAGGAAUGCGAUUAUAGGGUGGGUCAAAGAGAGAGUUGCACAAAAUGAAUUUAAAUGCGUUCUGAAAGCACCUGCCUUCAGCAUCCUGCCUUCUGGAUCACUAGAAAACCCUAUCAUCCCAGUCCCUAUAUGUCCUCCCAGAAUGCUCUGGCUGAAGGCUAACGUGUUGACAAUGAUGGGGCCUUUCCUAUCUCGGCUGUCUUUAGAGGAAGCAAAGACCAUCCCUAAAGAAGAGCUAUGUGAGUUUUUCAGGACUCCAAAUUUCGCUCCAUCAUUUCAAUAUGUUAGUGGAAUGCAGCCCGCCCUUGGCCGAACACUUUUUCAACGCUUGAAACAAGAGUGUUCCAGCAGCGACAAUUUCACUCACUAUAUGGACAGGCUGGGCUCUCUGGCUUGUUUCACUGGUGGCGCACCGUCACUAAAUCUGAAUCUUAGCAGAAAACUGCUGUCUCAGAUUGAUACCUGUAACAACCCUGAAAUAGACAAGGUGAAAAGACAGCUAGUACAGAACAUUCUGGAGAAAGAUGACAGUUCUUCCUCUCCUGAGAUUCUGCUGUCUCUGGGCUCCGCCGUGUCUGUCCUUCCUCUUUCCAGGCUGUCCCGCUUCACCUCUGAGGACCUGAACAACACCCUCACCAGCUUGAGUCAGGCCAAUUGCAGCCCAGCUCAAGCAAGACUGGCUAAGAAACUGUUGGAAGCUGCUAAGAAUAUAAGUGGUGAGAAGUUGUUGUCUCUGGGUAUGAUGGUGAGAGGGGUAGCCAGUUCCCUCCUCAAGAAUGUGAAGGCAGAAGGGCUGCUGGGCAAUGAAGCCCUGAAAACUAUGAGUGAGAAGAUGUCCUCCCUACAAAGAACAGCACUACUGAAAGCGUUCCGUCGUGAUGUAAAUGCGUCUGAACUGGUGAAGCGGUUGCCGGUUUCUCUCCUCUCUUCUCUGUCUCUGUCCACGCUGGAGAAAGCAGACCUCAGCUCUGUGGAUCAGCUGCAGGGACACGGCUGGACUCGUGCUCAAUCAGCUUUUCUUCUGAAGAAGAUUUUGGGUAAUAGGAUCAACCUUAGCGAAUUACGGAAGCUGGGUCAGGCUGUACAGGGUGUCACUUGUGAAAUGAUUGAAAAAAUCAAUUGAACUGAUGCUUUGGAAAUGGCACAGACACUUAACAAAUCCUGCGCAUGGCUCUCCAGGGUUCAGAUUAUCUGUACAGCUCAAAAAGUCUUUGCAAGUCUGGAGGAACAGAGACCAGGAUAUUUCAGUAACAUUAACAACUCUGAGCUUCAUGCCAUCCCAGCUAUGCUGCUUAUCCAUCUACUAGUAGAGAAGAUUCAAAACCUGUCAGAUUCUGUGUGUCCUGCUUUCAUGGAGAAGAUGAAGCAAGUCAGCCUGUCCUCUCUGCCAAACAGCUCUCCAGCGCGCUACGCACUUACCAAAAGAGCCAUUGGCUGCCUGAAGGGGAACAUGUCUGAUCUGUCUGCGGCAGAGGUUUUGACUCUAGGCCCUCUGGUGUGUGAGUUAGACCCAGCCUGGAUUUCCUCUCUGAACCCUGCGGCUCUGAACUCCACCUUGCAGGCUCUCGUAUCCUGUCAGUAUAUCCAGCAACAGUACAGAGAAUAUCUUUUCAGGCUGCUUACGACCACCUACGGGGACCCUGCUUACUGGUCAGAGGAAGACAUGAGGGUGCUUGGGCCACUUUUGUUACUUAAUGACACUGCUGUUGAAAAGCUGCCGGCCAAAAGGACAGCAGUCUGGCAGGCCUUUGAAAGGGUGGCUGGAAUCAGUGUGACUGGACUAGGACAGCUGGAAAUGGUGGGACUAGGACAGUUUAUCUGUGGUGUACAACCUGGCCAGAUUGAUCAGCUCAAUUCCCCAAGCUUCAGGUAGGCAGUAGAGGUGGUGGGUCGUGCUCCUUGUCCUCUGAACUUUAGAGAGCGUCUGAAGGAAAAGGCAGUGGCUGCGUUUGGAAAACCAGAAACCUGGACUGAAGCUCAAGUUAGCAUUAUGGGCAACAUCAUUGCUGGUUUAAGUGCUGUUGAGCUGGGAAGUCUAAAUUCAAGCGUCCUGCCAUUCAUUCAGCCGUCCGCCAUCCCUCUCAUACCUUCAGAACGCUUAGCUGCACUGUCAGUCAGCCAGUUGAAGGCUUUGGGCCCUGACAAUGCUGCAACGGUAACAGAGGCUCAGCGUGCAGGGCUGAGGGUCGAUCAAAGGGCCGCACUGGAUGAAGCCGUGGGACUAAAAACUGCACGCACUGAAGUGCCCACUGGAAGCUCCAAUCCAAGCUCUGGUGGAUCAGUCCCACUGCCACUAAAAGGAGGUGCAGCAGUAGAGAGCAUGGCAGGAUGUGUCCUCCUCAUGCAGGCCAUUGCACUGCUGUUGUUUGGAUACAUUCUCUAA